CAUUUGACUGAAACGAUUGCUGCAACCCUGUCUUUACGACCCACCCAUCCAUCCACUCGCGUGGAAGCUCUCCGCCCGUUGCCGCAAUGCAUAGAUCGCUCGGUCAUAGCUCGCCAAAUCAAUGGCGGGGGCAGGUGUUGGGGCGAACUGUGGCCCCGCCGCGGUGCCGCGCCGCGUCCACGCUGCGGCUUGCGUGUGACACGUCGGCUCCGCAGCGCAGCGCUGAGCGCAGCGCACCCGACGAUUGCAGCACCAGCGGCCGUGACUGCGAUGGUGCGAGUGAGACAUGGACGCAUACCGGGCGACGGGCAUUUUCUCGCCGCCCUCACUUCCCACCCAAGACCCAACAGCUGGCGCGGCGGCAGCUGCUCCUAGCCACCGCCUCCGCCUCCGCCGCGUCUGUCGCAGCCGCCGCAGCGCAGCUCCUGUCCCCAGCCGCCGCCCUCGCCAUCCCGGACGCCUUUGCGCCCAUCCCCUCCUCCCCGCCCGCGCCCGCGCCGCUGCCCAGCGCCUCAACCUUCCUGCAGCCGCUGCUGCCGGCGCCGGCCGCCGACCUGCUUGCCCAGCUGGAGGGCCGCGCGGCCAUCUACCAGCCCGGUGUGGCGUGGGCACUGCGCAAUGAGGACAGGCAGCUCUACUACCCGGCCUGGCUGGAGGGGGAGUGGGAGGUGACGGCGCGCUUCGCCGCCGCGUCCUUCCCGCAGGGCCGCCAACUGCUUGGGCGCACCGUGCCAGGCGUGCUCAAGGGCAGCAUGACUGUGGCACUGCCGGACGUGGGCGCGGCCAUGGACAACGACGUGCGGUACCGGGUGCGGUUCGAGCGCGACCCACUUGGAGGCGGCCGCGUGGUGGCGGACAGAGUCUUCAACGCCAAGGAGCUUAUGGACGCCUUCUACGGCAUGGCCGUGACGCGGCGUGUGGAGUACGACCCGCGCAACCCCACCCGCAUGACGCUGGUGUGGGCGACGCCGCGCAAGGAGACGUCCGUCAUCUCCGAGGACCUGCGCAAGGCCGAGCUCAUCAUCAACAACCGCCUGUCACAGGACCUCGGAUCAAACCAGUUCAUCUGCGGCGAGCUGUUCCGCCAGGUCACGCAGGCUGCCUCCCAGGGCUUUGUCUUUGACUACUUUGUGAUCAACAAGUUCACAUUGUUGUCGCCCGGAGCAGCGGCUGUGGGAGUUGGGGGAGCUGCGGGAGCAGCGGCAGCAGGCGGGGUGCAGGCGGGCGCGGGGACGGGGUCGGGGGCGGGGGCCGGGUUGGGUUCCAGGGUUCGUGUGCUGCAGCGUGUGGGCGCCUUCCUGCAGCCCCAGGACGCGGCCUACUUCGAGGCGGGCGGGAAGGCGGUGGCGGCGUACGACUACACCUACGACUACGUGCGGGUGGCGUGAGGGGCCGUGACGUUCCGCCGGGGGGGGGGCAGGAUGGGGUAUUGCUCGGGCGGAGCAUAGGGGAGGCGGUGGGUUCGUGUGGGGGUGGCGGGUGGUGGGGGUAGCUUGCUUGGGGUAGUCGCGGAGAUGGGCGGUGACGACAGAGGAGCAGACGGCUGAAGGAAGUGCUCGUGAUGGCUGACAACCGUGGCGGGCUGAGUGUGCUCUGCGUUUGUAAUUGAUUGGACAUGGAUGUAGCUGUCGGCGCGAUGGCCCUGGUGGGGACACGGACGUCAGGUGUACUUGCGUCAGGGCCAUCGAGGCAUCGAGCAGUCAGCAACAUGGUCGCUGACGCGGGGACCGGCUAGGCGGCUAGGCCGCCAGGGUUGCCAGGUGCUUGGCGCUCUCCUGCGUUCAGGGUUUUCUGCGUCUGAGACUUAUUAGGGGCAGAUGGAGUCAUAGAGGAGUGGAAGGUGGGGAUAUGGUUUGAGCCUUUGGCAAGAUUCCCGGAGCAAUCUCCGAUUCCCGGAGCAAAGCGAAGGGAUGUGUCGCCCUCAAAACUGUCCG